UUAGUAGGAAGCAUCCAGCCGUAAAUUUGUGAGCUUUGUAUGUUUGAUAUACAUAAAUUCGUUUUUAGUAAUUAUAUACAUAAUUUGUAUAUUGUUUUUUAAUAUUAAUAUAUGUACGACCCACACACACACAUAAUGUUUUAUAUACUCUCCACGCUCCUGAUCGGAGCGCUGGUCAAAACUGGGUUAGCUACUGAUGGAGAAUUUACGCUUAAAAAAGAUACAGAUGAGUCCGGAAGUAUGAAAGUAAAGAAGAUGAUUGCCCCCGGAUAUUACUCUCAAGAAUGCAACGUUCAUAAACCGUGUCCUGACCCCACGAAAUAUUGUCAUAUGUUUUUGUGCGUCGAUUGCUUAAAAGAAAACGUUGCUUGCACUCAAAAUGGUCAGUGUUGCCCUGGAACAGAAUGCACGUAUGGAAGAUGUAAAAAAGGAUCCUCUAAAGGAGCUGCAGGUACUUUUUGCGAUAGACAAAAAGAUUGCGUUGGUCCGGAUUUGUGUUGCGUUCGUGAACCUGCUAUUAAUCCUGUCAUCAGUAUUUGUAAGCCUGCGCUUGAUGAACAUCAAACUUGUGGACCGUACAACCAAUUUAGAACAGUAUAUAUAGGAGGAACAGUUCAACCAGUUUGUGGACCUUGUAAACAAGGUUUAGUUUGCAAACAAGUGGGAAUUUUUGGCGUUCAUGAGAUCUGUUUGCCAUCUGGAGGUAAAGGAAAGAAAUAAGCAAA